CCCCCCCCCCUUUCCGGCUCAGACCCGCCCCCCGGUCGCCAGCCCCUAAGCCGGGCCGGGGCUACCCCGGGGUCCCCAAAGCAGCGGGCCUGAGCCGGUACGGCCUCGUCACUGCCACAGUCGGGCAUACCACUCCAUCGCCAGGUCUGACAAGAUGUACCAGGUCCCAAUGCCGCUGGACCGGGAUGGGACCCUGGUCCGGCUCCGCUUCACCCUGGUGGCCCUGGUCACGGUCUGCUGUCCACUUGUCGCCUUCCUCUUCUGCAUCCUCUGGUCCCUGCUCUUCCACUUCAAGGAGACUACAGCCACACACUGUGAGGAUGUUCUCUGCGGCCUCCCAGCCCUUGGACCCCGACGGGACUGUGUUCCGACACCGCUUCACAGCCGUCUUCUGGUGGGUCGCCACUUUUCCCAUCUUCGGCUUCUUCUUCUGCAUCAUCUGGUCCCUGGUGUUCCACUUUGAGUACACGGUGGCCACUGAUUGUGGGGUGCCCAAUUACCUGCCAUCGGUGAGCUCGGCCAUUGGCGGGGAGGUGCCCCAGCGCUACGUGUGGCGCUUCUGCAUCGGCCUGCACUCAGCACCCCGAUUCAUGGUGGCCUUCGCUUACUGGAACCACUACCUCAGCUGUGCCUCCCCGUGCCCCGGGUACCGUCCUCUUUGCCGCCUCAACUUCGGCCUCAACGUCGUGGAGAAUCUUGCGCUGCUAGUGCUCACCUACGUCUCCUCUUCCGAGGACUUCACCAUCCAUGAAAAUGCUUUCAUUGUGUUCAUCGCCUCAUCCCUCAGUCACAUGCUUCUCACCUGCAUUCUGUGGCGGCUGACCAAGAAGCACACAGUAAGUCAAGAGGAUCGCAAGUCCUAUAACUGGAAACAACGGCUCUUCAUCAUCAACUUCAUCUCCUUCUUCACGGCACUGGCUGUCUACUUUCGGCACAACAUGUAUUGUGAAGCUGGAGUGUACACCAUCUUUGCCGUCCUGGAGUACACCGUUGUCCUAACCAACAUGGCAUUCCACAUGACGGCCUGGUGGGACUUCGGGAACAAGGAGCUGCUCAUCACCUCCCAGCCUGAGGAAAAGCGAUUUUAAAUCCUCGCUUAUUGGAGAGGAGAGCCACUGCCCAGAAACUAGAAACAAGAUAACACUCUGGCCUUCCCUACCCCAUGUCCUGUCUGGGCCCUACUGAAGCUGAGGGAGGGGAAAAGUGAGGAUAGGCAUAGGAUGAAGCUUUACCCAGCCCUGCUGGUUUCUCCAUUCCCUCAGUCCACUUGAAGACAUGGGGGCCUUCAAGCAGCAUCACCAUUAGUGGAGAGGCCCCAAGAAGCUAAGCCGACAGGAGAGCUCCACCCUCUGGUGCUAAAAAAAGUCCUGAGGUUCAUAACCACCAUCUGGUCUUGGCCUUUACAUUGCCACCUCUCGCUGAGGUCAGACCGCUGAGUGAGCAGUGGCUGCUACCUGAAAACCACAGCCAUUUCUCUCUACAGUACGGGGUCAUUCACUUGACUAAUAUGCUUGUGAUCUACUUUGCACAUCCAGGCCUCUGGCCAAAGAUACCUGCUAAGGUUGAUAAGGUCUUCUAGUCCUGAAUACAAUUUUUUGAUUUGAUCUGACCUUCCCUAUCUGAGCCUCAGUGGUCCAUGUGAUGAUGCAGGCUGGGUGGGCUAUAUAAAUUCCAGGGUCUCUGCCAGUCUGAUUCUGAUGUCACCGUAGGUGUUUGUGCCCAAAGGAUGACCUGACCCAGAAGCAGCAUGGGCACAGUGUGCAUUUCCCUUCCCUUCUGAGCUCUCUGGCUUAUACAUAUACACAAAAUGUGGGAAAAUGGGGUCAGGGGGCAAAGUGUCUUACUCCUAAAUGGGCUCUCUUGUGCCCCCCAAUCCUCCCUCAAGCCCCAGGCUCUGAGCUCUUUUGGUUGUACAUUUUAUUUUACAGGAAAAUAAAAAUUUUUUCUUGUGCAACAGUCUGGACUAGGCUGGCUUGUC